CUAUUUUUAUGACCACUAGGUGUAAACGGUGCCGUUUGGACUGCGUGUGAGCGCGCACAGAGCUGCACUGUGUGGCUUUAAGAAGGAGGCGCGCUGCGCUGACAUGACGCACGGAUCCUCGUGAAAAGAGGCUUUAAAAGUCCCCGCUGUGCGCGCUCAUCUGCUCCUCAGAACCGGGUCCACCACCAGCAGCAGCAGCAGCAGCAGCAGCACAAUGUUCUGAGGUCUGUCAGUAAUUAGUGCUUUUAUAAGACAAAUACGGAGCGCGCGGAUCGUGUUCGCGCCUUCAUGUGCGCAGAAAGUGGAGCCAAGGCGCAGAAAGAAACUUCUGGGGAACAUCUGUAGAAGCGGGCUGGAAGUUUGGAAGUGGCACCAUGCUGCUGUCACUGUGCGCGCACGUUCUGGUGUUCUUUAACGCGGUCGGCACGGAUCCGAUCUCGGAACAAAUCCAGGUUCUAGUGCUGCUGCCAAAAAACAACUCCUACCUUUUUUCCUACCCGCGGGUCGCACCGGCGAUCCGUUACGCUCAGCAAAGGCUGCAGAAGGAUGGACUCAACUUCAGCAUCCAGUUUGAGGACUCCGGCUGCGGCAACGAGGCGCUGUUUGCGCUGGUGGACGGCUCGUGCCAGCAGAAACCGGAUCUGGUCCUGGGUCCGGUGUGCGAGUACGCGGCGGCGGCGGUGGUCCGGGUGGCGUCACACUGGAACAUCCCGAUCAUCUCAGCAGGUGCUCUGGCCGCAGGCUUCAGCGACAAGAGCGCGGAGUACUCCCACCUGACCCGGAUCGGCCCGUCCUACGUGAAGAUGGCGGAGACGUUCGGCGCGAUGUUCCGCCGCUUCGGCUGGAAAAGCGCGCUGCUGCUGUUCGACGACGACAAGCAGGAGCGCAACUGCUACUUCAGCCUGGAGGGCGUCUACCAGCUGAUGGAGGACUACAGCAUGAAGACAUACGCCGUGUUCUCCAGCGAGGAGCGCCUCCACCCCGAGGACAUCCUGCCCCACAUCCGGGACACGGAAGUGGUCAUCAUGUGUAUGGGAGCAAAUGAAAUUCGUGAGCUCAUGCUGGCGGCACAAAGAUGGCAGCUGACCAACGGCAGCUACAUCUUCUUCAAUAUUGAGCUCUUCAAUGCUUCUUCCUAUGGCAACGGCUCGUGGAAGAGAGGAGACAAAUAUGACGAUGAAGCCAGGCAGGCCUAUGCUUCUCUCAACACUGUGACACUGCUCAGGACAGUCAAACCUGAGUUUGAAAACUUCUCCAUGGAAAUGAGAAAGUCCAUUGAAAAAGAAGCAUUCCAUGACUGCAAAGACUGUGGAAGUAUCAACAUGUUUGUGGAAGGAUUCCAUGAUGCUAUGCUGCUGUACGCCAUUGCGUUGCAUGAAGCCAUGAAAAAUGGCCAUGGUAAGAAGGAUGGAAUGGAGAUCACGUCUCGGAUGUGGAACAGAUCUUUUGAAGGAAUCGCUGGUCAGGUAUCUAUGGAUGUCAACGGUGAUAGAAAUGGAGAUUUCUCUUUGAUGUCCAUGACCAACACUGAGAUGGGAACCUAUGAGGUGGUGGCAAACUACUUUGGUGUGAAUGGAAGUUUGCAGUUGCUGCCAGUAUUCAACAUAGACCGUUUCACUCUGAAAGGACGGCAUGUUGUUCAUUCAGAGGACUCAUGUGGCCUUGGAGUAUCGGCUCUGACUGGGAUCAUAGUGGGAGCUGUUUUGGGAACUGCAAUGCUUAUAGCAUUCUACUUUUUCAAAAAAAACUAUAGGAUUACCAUUGAACGCCGCACACAGACUGAAGAGUGCCACAUGAGGAAACACCAUCAGCUCCGAGAGGACUCCAUCAGAUCAAACUUCUCAGCAGCAUAGAGUCACUUCUUCAGUGUUCCUUUUAUCAGGAAGUCACGCCUCCAGGUGUGACCAAAGACUCUGGAGUGGCUGUCAGUGGAGCCGUGCUUUAAAGGAAA